CACUUCCUCACGGUCUGAGGUAUAAGUCCGGACAGCUCACCACCAAAUUUCAUUCAAACUUGGACAUCAUUCAGAGAAGAAGAACCGGAUCAAACAGCGGGAUGUAUUCAGAGCUGGAGUGCGGUAUUUGUUACAGGAUCUACAACGCAGGUCGGCGGUGUCCCCGGGAGCUCCAGUGCAAACACAGCUUCUGCCAGAGCUGCCUUCUGGCCCUUUCACGACCCCUGGGACCCGACGAGGCCGACAGAUCAAUCCUCUGCCCGCUGUGCCGACACACCACAUCCAUCUCCGGAGAGGGGAAGGUGAGAGCCGAGCUACGGGUGGACGAGGGUAUCCUGGAGCGGCUUGUGGCUGCGGGGGUCCUCGACGAAGAGGAGGACGACCCUGAGGAGGAGGAAGCGGCUCACGUUCAGGACGGCUGUGACGACGACAGCAGCGAGGAGGCGACGCCUCCCGAGACUCCAGCCGAGGAGAGUGAGGCGUCAGAGGGCUCCAGAGGUGAGAGGGUCCGGCGGUGUUGGCGGAAAGUUUGGCAGAAGAUCAGCGGGAAACGCUCAAGGCAGAGGAGUGGAGAAAACUGUAUAACCGGUGAUGACAUGAGGAACCUCGCCAUGAUGUCCUGUUACAUGUUUUAGGAGUCUACAGCUUAAGAAACCCUGGAUAAUGUGAUACUUAAUUUAUUUUCAAUGGAUAAAAUUUCGUGAUGCAACAAAUGACGACGACGAUGAUGAUGAAACCUUGCUGGCAAGACACAUGAACAUCAAUACGAUUUAAGUUAGCUUUUCAGCUUUCUGAUUGCUCAUUUAAAUGAUGACUGUCAUGGCUGAUGUGUUCAAAUGAGAAAAACUUGUGAAUUUUGAGAGUGGCAGCUGAGUUUUUUGGUCCAUUAACGCACUUAUAUAUAUAUGUUAUUUAUUCUUUACAUGAUUGUAUUUUCUAUAUUUGUUACCUAUUUACGGAAAAAUAAAUAAGCUCUGUUCUU